CACCGUCGCUACGACCCAUAUACUACAAUACCCACCGCCGCUACGACUCGUAUACUACAAUACCCACCGCCGCUACGACUACAAUACCCACCGCCGCUACUCGAGUACGACUCAUAUACAAUACCCACCGCCGCUCAUAAUCUCGCAACGCAAGCCUGACGACAUAACCCGCCGAACUGCGCCUAACGACGCCAGAGACCGCGGCAAGAGGAGAAAAAGGGGAGCACAUGGCCUUAGGGUACCAAUAGUAUCUCCACUACCCUCCCUCUUCCCUCCUCUCAUCCUCUCAUACCUCGAAUACCUCCACAACGGCCCCAGUACAGCUGUACAGCUGUACAGCUGUACCCGCAAAAGUCUACGCAAAAGUCUACGAGUACUCCAGUACUGAACCUCCGUACUGUCAGAGUACUCCGUACUACUGCACCUGUACCUCCACCUCCAUACCUCCUCCAUCCUUUCCCCCCCCCCGAUCUGGUCCCACAAGACCCGACCGAGAUCUGCUCCCCCAUCUCCUCCCCCUAUUCGAUCAUGGACGUCAACACAAAUCAAUUCAAGCUCGAGAGUCUCCCUUCAACAUCUACGCCUGCGCCCACUGCACGACCAACCAUCCCCUACGCCCAGUUCCCGCGCCCGACCCUCCACGAUCCGGACGCAAGCUUCGACGCCCCCGACCCCGAUCACUUCGACUACGACUACGACGACCACUCGGAUGCCAGCGCGGCCUCGAGCAGCACCCUUCGACGCGGCUCCUUCGCAGCCAUGGACUCCACAACCACCUCCCAGCACCGCCGGCGGCGGAGCACGCUCACCAGCCUGCAGCCCCCCAACGCGAGGGGCCAGCGGUCAACACGGAUACGGGAUGGGCUCACCGAGGAGCUGAGCUGGUCGCAGGAGGAGGAGCCGUGGCUGCAGGACGAGUCCAAGUCGAAUAGCGACGAGGCGGGGGUUCAUGGGAAUAAUAGCUCGGACGACGACAACAAUCUGCAGGACGACGAGGAGACGGGGUUGACGGGGACGAGCCGGCGGCAGAAGCGGCGGCGGAGGAACACGUUGCUGGAUCAGCGCGUCGCCAAGGAGUCUGAGAUCACGAAAGAGGAGCGGAAAGAGGCCGACCAGAAUGUGAUCAAGGAUAUGGCCAUCAAUGGGCUGUUCAUCCUGUUAUGGUACAUUUUCUCCCUCUCCAUCUCCAUCUACAACAAGUGGAUGUUCUCGGGCGAACACCUCAACUUCAAAUUCCCCCUCUUCACAACAUGCAUGCACAUGCUCGUGCAAUUCUCCCUCGCCUCCCUAGUACUCUACCUCUUCCCGCGCUUCCGGCCUCGGGCAGACUCCCUCGCGCACCCAGACUCCGUCUACACGCCCGAGGAGCAGCGGAGACGCGAUCUCGAUGCCGCGGAGCACAAGCCGCUCAUGACGAAUUGGUUCUACUUCACGCGGUUGGGGCCCUGCGGUCUCUCCACCGGCCUUGACAUUGGCCUCGGUAACAUGUCACUACAGUUCAUUUCCUUAACUUUUUACACAAUGUGUAAAUCCUCCGCCCUAGCAUUCGUCCUCAUUUUCGCCUUCCUCUUCCGCCUCGAGACCCCCUCCGUCAAGCUCAUCGCCAUCAUCGCCACCAUGACCAUCGGCGUCGUCAUGAUGGUAGCCGGCGAAGUCGACUUCUCCCCCAUCGGCUUCACCCUCGUCAUCAGCGCCGCCUUCUUCUCCGGCUUCCGCUGGGCCGUAACCCAAAUCCUGCUCCUCCGCAACCCCGCAACCUCCAACCCCUUCGCCUCCAUCUUCUACCUCGCCCCCAUAAUGUUCAUCUCCCUCCUCGCCAUCGCCAUCCCCGUCGAAGGCCCUAGCGCCCUUUUCGCCGGCCUCAAGAUCCUCAUCGAGAGCAAGGGACCCGUCCUCGGCCUAACUAUCCUCCUCGCACCAGGCGCGAUCGCUUUCUGCAUGACGGCUUCUGAAUUCGCCCUCCUACAGCGGACAUCUGUCGUCACCCUCUCAAUCGCGGGCAUCUUCAAGGAAGUCGUCACUAUCCUCGCGGCGGGGCGCGUGUUCUCCGAUAUCAUGACACCGGUCAACCUCGGCGGGCUGGCAAUCACCAUCGCGGCCAUCGCGGGGUACAAUUACGUCAAGAUCAUGAAGAUGCGUCACGAUGCGCUGGCUGCGACGCACCUUGCGAAUCUGGGUGUUGGGGGCCGCCAUGAGCCGCUAUCUGCCGAUGACGAGGAGGAUGAUGGCGCGUAUGGGAUGGGGCAGCGCCAGGGGGGGAAGGCGCAGGAGAGCCAGGGACUUCUUGCGCAGGGAUCGGGGACGCACUGAUGUGUGCGUAGCGCCUAGCUGGAUCGAAAAAGAUGCGGUGCUGGGCGCUGCGGAAAAGGGGGGAGGAGGGGGGGUCGGUUUUUUUGUUGGCAUGUAUGUAUAUUGUAUAUUGGAGUGAACACUACUUGGGCAGAUGGGCGUGCAUAGCGUGGAUGUAUGAUGGGUUUAGAUAAUAGAGAUGGACACCAGGCAAGGGUGUUGACGAGCUGAACUACUCUUUCCUUUUCCGUCAUAAAUGGAUACCUACCUACCUACCUUGCCUACCUAGAGAGGCUUUUGGUGAUGAGUUCGUGCGUGAUAUGUGCUGGGGCUUGUGCGGAGGAAGGCGCGAGUGAGUGAGUGACGCUCGUUCUUUGUAUGUUCUGUUUGUGUGGAAGGGAAGGCGCGAGUUAGGGAGUGACCGUCGUUCGUUCUUUCCGUCUGUUGGCGUGCGCCACAUAUGUCAUCACACCCCGCCCGCGUUGGGGUCCUCGCCUUAUCUAGUCGCGAGGUGGCUUCAACGCAUCGACGACGCCACCGAGGU